GGAGAAAUGCCAGAAAGAAAUGACUCCACAGUGACUGAGUUCAUCCUCUCUUGGUUAACAGACCAACCAGAGCUGAAACUUCCUCUAUUCCCCCUCUUCCUUGGAAUCUACCUGCUCACAGUGCUGGGGAACCUGGGAAUGAUCAUCCUGAUCCUGCUCAGCUCCCACUUGCACACACCCAUGUACUUCUUCCUCAGCAGUCUUUCCUUCAUUGACCUCUGUUACUCCACUGUCAUCACCCCCAAAAUGCUGGUGAACUUUGUGACAAUGAAGAAUGUCAUCUCCUACCCGGAAUGUAUGACUCAGCUCUAUUUCUUCCUUGCUUUUGUUAUAUCUGAGUGUCACAUGCUGGCUGCCAUGGCAUAUGACCGUUAUGUUGCCAUUUGCAAUCCUUUGCUCUACAAUGUCACUAUGUCUUACCAAGUCUGUUCCUGGAUGAUAGGUUGGGUUUAUGGCGUGGGCAUUGUCGGUGCCUCUAUCCAUACAUUCUGCAUGCUAAGAGUGGAUUUCUGUAAGGCUAAUACAAUAAACCAUUACUUUUGUGAUCUUUUUCCAUUGAUGGAGCUUGCCUGCUCCAAUACUUUCAUCAAUGAGGUUUUCCUCCUGUAUCUCAGUGCUUUUAACAUUCUUGUUCCCACCCUGGCCAUCCUGGGUUCUUACAUCUUCAUCAUUGCUAGCAUCCUCCGUAUCAAAUCCACUGAGGGCAGAUUCAAAGCCUUCAGCACCUGCAGCUCCCACUUCUCUGCUGUUGCUGUCUUCUUUGGUUCCUUGGCAUUCGUGUACCUACAGCCCUUCUCAGUCAGAUCCAAAGACAAAGGCAAAGUGUCCUCUGUGUUUUAUACGACUGUUGUGCCCAUGCUGAAUCCUAUGAUCUACAGCCUGAGGAAUAGGGAUGUAAAACUUGCUCUAAAUAAGUUAUUUCAUAAAAUGAAGUUCCAUGUGUAA